AUGGACUUCUUUUUUGAUGAGUUCCAACAUCUUAAAAUCCCAUUAGAAGAUAUAAAAUCAGCCACCCACAACUUUAGCAACGACAACUUGAUCGGAAAGGGUGGGUUCGGGAACGUCUACAAAGGAGAAAUCUCUCUCUCAAACGGGCCAAGCGUGGUUGCUUUUAAGCGUCUAGAUCUACAUGGUCUGCAAGGAAACUCAGAGUUCUGGAGGGAGAUUAUGAUGCUUUCCCGUUACUCCCAUGAAAAUCUUGUAUCUCUCCUGGGAUAUUGCAACGACGAUGAUGAGAAAAUCCUUGUGUAUGAGUAUGCAUCUCGUGGAAGCCUUGAUCGCCAUUUAAGCUCCGAUGCUCUCACAUGGAUGCAGCGCCUUAAGAUAUGCCUUGGGGUUGCAAGGGGACUCAACUGCCUUCAUGAUCCCAUGGGGACACAACAAAGAGUUCUUCACCGUGAUAUCAAAAGCGCCAACAUCUUAUUAGAUGAGAAUUGGACUGCUAAAAUUUCUGACUUAGGGUUGUCGAAAAUAGGUCUGGCUAAUCAGAAAAACACAUUUCUUGUCUCUAAUGUUGUAGGUACCUUUGGGUACAUAGAUCCCCUGUAUCUGGAGAUGGGCGUGCUAACAAAAGAGUCAGAUGUAUACUCUCUUGGGGUCGUCUUAUUCGAGGUAUUGUGCGGUAGAUUAUGCUUUAAAUAUAGCAAUGAUCACUAUCACAAUCUAGUGCGUAUGUGGAGGAAAAGCUACAAAGAAAAGAAAUUAGAUGAGAUCAUAUCUCGAGAUCUGUUGCAGCGAAUGGAUGUGAGUUCUUUGGAAACAUUUUCAGCCAUUGCAUAUCAAUGCUUGCAGAAAACUCGUGGAKACCGGCCACUAAUGGCUGAUGUCGUGAGAAAACUUGAGAUUGCACUUAAAGCUCAAGAGAUUUAUGAAGGGGUGAAAUGGUCGGAGAUAGAAACUCUUAUCUUUAGAUCCAAAGUGGAACUGCAAGCGCUUCUCUUCAAAGGGAUUAUCGUUAAUGGUGGCAAAACGUGGCUUUCGUUAAAUAAGAAUGAAGAACAUUGUGAAAUGAUAUCAUCAACAGAAUUUAUUCCUCUACAGAAACAUCUUCAUCGUCGUGAGUUUAGAGAGGAUUCAAGAUUUGCAGAGUUCAAUUUAGUAGCAUAUGAUGGGAAGUUCAAAGCACAUGUCAAACCUCAAUUCUUGUCACCAGGAAUCACAUACAUAGUUAACUUAGUCUUCACCCUCAAAUACCGAAAUUGGAACUCAAACGAACCACUGUAUUUAGCCCUUGAUUACAAACUGAAAGGGGAGACAAAGUAUUCAACUGCAUACCUUGCACAUGAGAGAGAAGAUAGAUGGAUGGCAGUUGAAUUGUAUCAGUUUACUAGCCACGAAAKAGAUUUUGAUCUCGAAAUUCUAGUUSAUGGCACUCAAAUUSUUUUWSACACCCUCGUGGUAGAAGGCAUCGAGUUUCGGCCCUCGGAGAGAUGGUUUUUUCUAGCCAAAAAUGGAAAGAAAUGUCUUUUCCUACCAGCAAGAGCGCUUUUAAGCAAAGACGGAUGGAAAUUUGAAUCUUUACCCAACUUAAGGUUUGAACAAGUGGCUCUUGGUUGUUAUAAUAGUCAUUUUAGUAUUAGUGGCCAAAUCAAAUUUCAAAUGCUAUCACGUGGAACAACAUAUGCAUGUAACCUUGUCUACAAAAUAACAGGAGACGUCGACAAAAUUGAGGGGCCUGUUGUAGUGAGAAAUUCUGAUCUUCCUUUUUUCGCUUCCAAUGGGGUUAGUUAUCGAUAUAUCUAUUUAGUUAGUCCUCAAUUGCCGGUUAUUAGACCAAAUGUUGAUGAAAAUACCCAUAACCCCCUGAUAUCGCAAAUGCCAAAAUUCGAUGGCCUUCCACGACUACGGAACGAUGGUUGGAUGGACGUUGAAAUAUGGGAAUUUGAAACAUCUAUUAGGGUUGACAAGUUUGAGAUUAACUUUUUCUUGCAAAGAAAAUCUGGCUUGGGGUUUCAGGGGAUUAGUGUGCAAGGCAUUGAGGUAAAACCUAAAAGAUCAUCUUCUUUUAUGAUCAAUUGUAAGCACAUAUAA